CCGGCUGUGUCCGGCUGUGGCGCCGCUGACGCUCCAGGGAGUGAAGGUGCUCCACGGGGAGGACAUUAGUGCAGCUGGCCCAGGGUAAAGGAGCCCAGCUUGUGGUAGAGGAGGAGGAAGCUGCUGCUUGCCUCUACAGUGCCUCUACUGCCUCUCUGUCAGGAGUGGCAGCCCACGGAGGGCUCGGCGCCCCCUCCUCAGGGUCAGCCUCGGAGGGGGGGGUGGUCUAUUCUGGAGCUUCUUUCACAUUUAAGACAGUCAUGAGAUUGAGGAAGAUUGGAGCAGCUAGCAUGCCCUGUAUAUACAAUGUCAAGCCACCCCUACUCAAGUGUUUUGUCAGGUCCGCUACUUCGAUAAGAGUAACAACCAGGCAACCUUACACCGUGCACAGUGGAGACAAGGAUUGUGAUUGUGAGGACGACAAGGUUACUCUUGCUCAGCAGCUGGCAAUUGACGACAGUAUUGUAAGGGACUCUACUUCACCUAUUACUUCACCUAUUCUUGGUACUGGUUUUGCUCUUCGUCCCGAGUCGGAACACUCAGGUACACUGUCUUACAGAGUGGUACAGUUUGCCUCAGACGGGGCUGUUGACAGUUUACCACAGAGUGGGGUACAGACAACUGUUCCCAGCCUAUUGGCUAGUUCACAAGCAAACGGAUCGCCCGGCGAUUCGGCAGAAACACGGUUGGCACUUAUUGCAUCUAGUGACGUGCCUACUGAUGGUAGCAGUGCUGUCGUAGUUUCAGGGGGUCAGUUUUAUGUAAUCAGUGACGUUCUUACCAAUUCUACUCCAAGAAAUCUUGCUCCACGAACCAGUGAGAGUGUCAUGAGCCCCAGGCUAGGAGGUUCCACCCGCGAGGAGAAACGUAGAGUUACACACAAUGAAGUGGAGCGCAGAAGAAGAGACAAAAUUAAUACUUGGAUAUGUCGUCUUGCAAAAAUUAUUCCCGAUUGCCCAGAAGCUCACUCUAAGAGCUCACAGCAGAGUAAAGGUGGAAUCUUGGCUAAAGCCUGUGACUACAUCUCCGAACUCAGAGUCCAUAAUGAACAGUUGACAGAGAGAAUAAAGGAAACACAUCGGCGAGAGAUGGAUUUUGAACUGCUCAAACAAGAGGUGGAAGUACUGAAAAAUGAAAACGCUGCUCUGAAAAAUGAAAAUGCCCUUGUACGUGCCCAGCUACAACAGCAAGGACUCCUCGGGGACUUGCCACCAUAAUUGCUGGCUACUGCAGCGUGUUAAUGAACUUCAUGGCCAUAAUCUCAUUCAUUGGUUGAUAAGCUAAGGUCAAGUGGGGUUCAUUUGUACAUUGUGAUAUUCUAAUAGUAACGAGAGAGUUUAGUUAAGUGUAUAACCAUAUGUUGGGCGAUGGUAGAUGUAAAGAUAUGGAAUGAAAAACAUUAGCAUUGGAAAAGUUUUAAAUGCACACGGCAUUUUGGUGAUGUCCCUUGGAAGUUAUUCGACUAAUAACAUUUCCUAGAUUUCCAAGUAAGUCUAGGUAUGGGUUGGAUGAUAACCCACAUCUAGUAUAAAAUAACAAUUCAGAUAUAACUGGAAGGGCAAUGUGAACAGUGGAUACAUUAAUAUACUACAGUAUAUUAAGAGGGCACUACAUAGGAUGCUAUGUUGUAGGAGUUAAAUAUGGUGGAAAAGAUGUGUAUUGAUGCACAUCUAUGUAAAUUGGGAAAUGAUUGGUUUCAAACACAGAUUUGGGCUCGUUGAACCAUGUGUUCUAAGAUGCUCGUUUGCAUGGUGCUCGAGAUUAAUCAGGUUAUGAGGCCUAAGAUCAUCUGGGGGUUCAAAUGAUGGCUGGGUGUAUUGAAUUUCUUUCUUCCAUUCUUUCAAUAAGUCAUUCAUGUGGUAAGGGAAUGUCCAUACAAUAAAGGCAAAACCAGUUAUAUAUCUUAACCAUUACCAGGCCAGAUUGAGCAGCCACUGGUCACAAGUGAUGGAACUGCCUCAUUAAGUCAUAUUUAAGAAGUCGAAUGUGCUUGAAGAAAAACUUACCCCAACACUUGGGAGGUUUAAGUGUGACAAAAAUACUGUAAUUGGCAUUGACGUAUGUUGUUGUUGGUACUUGUGUGGUAUAAAGUCAGGUGGAGAAAGGUCAUGUGACCCAGGGCACCAUUGUUGCACAGCCCGAGCUAGCAUGGGUCACCCCAUGAAAUAAUGUUUGGAAUGUUAGUGGAAGGGAACAUAAUGGUAAGUCUGGAUGGUACGCCAUUGGUUGAUGUUUUUACAAAGGUUUAUAGUAUGAUAACUUGUUGACUUUCCAAAUUUGAGAAAUAAUUCUAUGUUCUUAAGUAUAUUUUGGUAUCCAAAAUAGAAGAAAUAUAGGAUUUUAUUUUAUACAUUAUGAGAAUGCAAAUUAGAAGGCUACAUUGGCUAUACAGUAUUUAGAUAUAAAUUGACAUUAAUUUUUGUAAUAAUGUUUUGUAAAAUAUUUAUACAGUAGUACCAACCAGAAUAUUUACUAUUGUGUUUGUGUAUGCCGAUUGUCUUCUACGGAUUGUCACGAAUGAUCAUAGCAUAGUUAUGACUUUGUAGUUUAUGGCAAGUUUAAGCUUGAAAUGAUUGUUUUGUAAUAUACUGUUGUGCUAUGCUCAUUUUGAUAGUUCAGAAAUUGUGGUUAUUAGGGGAAAAAUUUGAUAAUUUUCAUUGAGCAAGUCAUCAAAGAUAUAUUUACAGUAUAUCAUUAUGGUGUAACAAACGAAACCUUAGAUUACAUCUUUUGCCACAGCAUGAUAGUUGUAUAUCCAGUGUCAUCACAAAGGCCCGAGAAUUGUUUUGCUACAUAUAAAUUUGAAUUAAAUAAUUCUUAUAUUAUGUAUAUAUAUAUUUUAUUUUUGUUAUUGUUGCACUUUAAAAUGCCCAUUACUUUUAAAAGAUACAUAAUUACUGAUAUUAUUCAGAUCCUGUUACACCAUUCACUUAUUAAACUGUUUCACUUCAGUAUAUUGUUCUGUUUUACAUGGAUUUCAGAAGGUAAUUGUUUUAUUUGAAGGAUUUAAGACUGAACAAAAAAUCUGCCAAAAAUUAUCAUAACAAGCUUGAAUUUUUUUUGUUUACAAUGAAACGGUUAAGGAUGUUGCAGUGGUGUUGUUGCUCUUACUCGUUCAAAGUUGUGUGUGUAGUCUUAGUUACCACGCACUGAUACAAGUUUCACAUGUGAAUGUACUUGUAAGUACAAUUUUUUGCUGUUCAAAUAUUUUAUAAGCAUAUAAUGCCAGCUUAACCUUGUAAGUCUUAACUACAAUUGAUGUGUGGAAAGAGUUGGAUGUACAUGAAAUGUGAGCCUGAUAAGAAAUGUGAUUUUUUGUCAAGCUCAGUUACUUCUUUUUAAGCAAUAGAGUUAUUGAUUGAUUCAACAGAUUUGUGGAUCUUCCAAUAAACUUGGAAAUAUAUAA